AUGCCAUAUCUUGGCAUCUUUAGCGUAUGCAUAUUCUUAUCUAACCUUCUCACUCAAUCCCCUUAUAAGCUCAUUGUCUCUACUUUUCUCUCUCGCUUUCUCUUCUUCCCUGCAUCUCUACCUUUCUCUUGCCACAAGGUAAACGGAGAUGGCAGGGCGUAACAGGGAAGACUAUUUCACUGCCCCGGAAGCUGAGCCAACAUCAGCGGGAAAGAAGUACGGUGGGCUUGUCCCAAAGAAGAAGCCUUUGAUAUCAAAAGAUCAUGAAAGGGCAUUCUUUGAUUCAGCAGACUGGGCAUUAUGCAAGCAAGGUGUUGGAGUAAAUCAACAAUCCACAGCAGCCGUAGAAACCCUGCAACCAAAACUACAGAGAACUCCACAUCAGCAGCUUCCCCCAAGACGACCUGCAUGCACAUCUGGCUGAGAUAAUUCCGGAGAGUCGAUUUAAUAAGUGGAACAAUGAUUUGCUCAGUCAAUUUUAAUAUUUCAAAUCUCAAGUUGUUCCUGAUCUGAUGUAUAUUACAAUUUGCUUGAUGCUUUCAAUUAUUAGCAGUUUAAUAAAUCUCCAUUUCAACUCCUUUUUGUUUUUUCCA